UAGAAAGUGAGUAAGACGUCAUCGUGACUAUGAUCGUUAGUGCCAAGCACAGAUCCGCCUCUUUAAAAUUCAAGUUGAACGUGUUUAGAAUGGAACAUUUCUGAAGACAAGAUCAUCAAGGAUCCAGCAAAUUUUGAUGAUUUCCUGAUAAUUCCUGUUGGUUCCAAGUCAUGAAGCAAAAUGCUCAAUUUAUUUACUGAAAAUCUUCAUUGAAAUAAUUUUUUCUUCCAUCUGAAAGGCAAAUUGUAUAUAAGAUUCAAAAAAUCUUGUCAACAUGCUCAGCCGUCAAUCUUUAAUGAAAUGGACUCAAAAUAACAAAAAUAACUCAAAAUCAACAAAUAAGAAUUGGGUACAUCCUCCUGAAGCUUUACAACAAGGACAUGUUGCUUAUUUAGUUAAGUUCUUUGGCUAUACUGAAGUAGGAAAAGCUAAAGGCAUUGAUGUGGUAAAAGAAGGAAUAACUAAGUUAAAGUUUGACCAACAGAUAAAAAGGUCUGAAGGAGUAAAACUUCCCAAAGUAGAACUAACAAUUUCAGUUGAUGGUGUUGGAGUUCAAGAUGCUAAAACAAAAACAAUACAUCAUCAGUAUCCCUUGCAUCGUAUAUCCUAUUGUGCUGAUGAUAAGGCAGACAAGAAAUUUUUCAGCUUUAUUGCAAAAGAAGCAGACACAGAAAGACACAGUUGUUUUGUAUUUUCCAGUGAUAAAUUGGUAUUCUUUGGCUAUACUGAAGUAGGAAAAGCUAAAGGCAUUGAUGUGGUAAAAGAAGGAAUAACUAAGUUAAAGGUACAAGAAUUAGAAUUAGAAAAUUCACAGUUGAAGAAAAGAUUAGCAGAAUUGGAAAAAGGAAAAGAUAAGAAAGAUGUUGAGUGUCAUAAAUCAAAUAAUAAUAUAUUGGAGAUAAAUUCCUUUAAUAAUAAAAAGCCAAAUUCUACACACAAUGCAUCUGUUUUGGGAACGACACCUAUUCUUCAACCACCUCCUCCAGUUCCUCCUCGACUACAUCAAGGAUCUAUCAGUACUUCAAAAUCAUCAUUAUUACCAUCUCAGGAUCUGUUGGCACUUUCAUCUUUAUAUCAAACUUCACCUGCUGAUGACUUUGAUUUCAAUCCUCGAAAUGGCCAAACUGUUUCUCAAAACACACAGAACAACAGACAUAUUAAUAAUGGACAAAUGUUUUUCACUGAAAAUAAUAUCAAUAAUUCAUCUACAUUAAAUGAUAAACAAGAUAGUCAGAAAGAUCUGUUUGGAGCUACACCAUUUAUACCAACAGAUCAAUCUAACAAACAGGAUCCAUUUGGAAUGGGUGAAUUUAGCACCUUGGAUCUGAAUGGAAUGGAUUUAGACAAUGCAAUUGGAGCCAUAGACAAAAAAUUAUCAGAAAUGAAGGAUGGAUUUAGUCAAGGACUUAGUUUUGGUGUUGAUGAUUUUGAUUUUGCCACUUUGGAUUCAAAAGGAAAUUAGCCAUGAAAACACAAAUACUUAAGAAGGUGAGAAUAAAAACAAGCUGGAAAUAAUUGAACUGCAUAUUUGAAACAUAUACAUAUAUAAAUACAUAUAUAUAUAUUCUACUGUAUUAUAAUAAUUUAGGAAUUAAAAAAUUUUAUACUAUUUUUAUAUACAUAUUAAAUAUACCAUUAAAAAAUGAAUUUUAAAAAUUAAUAACUUGUCAUUCAUGAAGUUUGUAAAGUACAUUUCAUGCUAUGGAUAAAUUAGCUGAAUUGAAAAGUUCUUGCUUUUUAGAGAAUUUAUCAAGUAGUAAGUUGUCUUGCACAUUGGAGUGUGUUGGUUCUACAUUUUAUAUAAACUAUAAAUAAGUAGAAAGUAUGUAAUGUGUAAUAGUGCAUAUAUACAUAUUUUAUUUUAAUGAAAAAUAAAUUCAUGAGAAUAGUAAGAUAAAAAAAAAUUAAAUUUCUAGAAAUUCAUCUUAUAACUCCAUUUAACUCCAUUUUUGUGUUUUUAAUUAAUGAAAAAGAAUAACAGAAUUUGCAUGCACUCACAUGUAUUUUUUAUACAUGUGAAAUAAAACAAUUUAUUUUGAUCUUAAUAUCCAUAGGAUACAUGGAAUUUUGUAUAGAUAAGAGUAAUUUAUUUUUUAAUUUACAUUCAGAAUAUUGUAGUGCCAAAACAAGUAUUUUUCAAAAAGAAAAAAAAAACCAUAGAAUAUUUUAAUUUAACAAAUAACAUAAUUUUAUUUUGUAAUUAUAAGAUAAAAUAUAUUUUAUUAAGUACAGUAGUUUCUAACAGUUGAGACCACUAUAUAAUUUUUGUUAUUGUUAAAAGAAUAUAAGACUGAGUUUUAUAGUAUAAAAUGUUCUCUUUAUUACUUAAUUAAAAAAUUAGUGGUCAGAGUUUGUUAGCUCUUUCUACUAUUUCAUGCAUAAUAUAAAUGAAAUAUAAAGAUACCUUAUCAUUUUAAAUGAUUUGAAUUCAACUCAAUUCUUCUUAAAAUUAUCAGUUUUCAGAAGAAAAUUAAUGAAAUAUAAUAAGAAUUGUCUGAAUUUAAAUGAUUACAUAAAA